AGACGGCUCCUAGGGAUGACACCCUUGAAACCGUACGGGUUGUACCAUCACUGUAAUUACACUUUUAAGGCUGUGUCUGAGGGUGUGAUUGGACUUUAAAACGUUGCAUGAAGUAUCACUUCUGUUACGCAACUAAUGCAGCCAACGUCACACCCGCCCCACGGCAGGAGCCCUUUUUCCGUAUUACUGGUUCGUCCCUUUUAAAGGAUUGAUUCGGAGAAUUAUGCCUCCCAAGACCAGGACGCGUAAUCACACAUCUAAGCAUCAAGCGACCCCUGCAAACGAAAGCAUCGUCGAAAACCCAAAGGGCACUAGACUGCAAAUAUACUGUCCCUUGCUUUCAGUGUAGCAUUCAUUCUUUCGAUGUCAACCGUAAUUGUGGGACCCGCGCAGUCAAAUCACACUCGUAAGACCGCUGUUCCCCAAAGCGCAGCCCUUACGCAACGUCUAAGCUGGUCUCGAGCUCGCCGCAGUCGCGUCUCCUCCUUUGCCGUCCAUCGACAGCUUCUGAGUUAAAUUAAACGGUCUGAUGUUUUAACGUUUUGUUCGUGUACCUUGUCCGGUGAUGUUGACAGCUCAGUCAACAGAAUCUGCGAAACCUGUAUGUCAAUGGACCAUCGGGUGCCCACAUUGUUCAGACAAUUUUAUCAGUGGGAGCCACUGCAGUGUCAGAAUGCGAUUAUAUCUACUCAUAUGUUGCGUGCACAGUUGUUUCUACAUAUUUGCACUUGUGCAUGACUUAGGUUGUCUAGAGCGAAUCGCAUAGGCACGUACAACAACAAAAGCGGUUCUCAUGUCCCAUCGAAUCGCAUGUGAAACGUCGCAGGACCGACGAGGAAAUGUCAGACGAUCAUCGACACUAGACCGUCCUGUUUUCCAGAAGUUAGCAGCAACGUGUUCUAUAUAUUUCGGUACACCGUUCAGGUGUUCGAAACUGCUAUCGACAGUAAGAUGGAUAUCCCGGAGCUCGGAGACCUAAGCUUGAACGUUGAGGCUUCUAAGGUUACCUCGACGUUCACAAAAAUUAUCGAAGCUCUUCGAAACUUAACUGCAAGGCAAGAAGGUCUUUCCAAGGAAUUGGCAUCUGUCGCAGAUCAUGUUGCUGCUGGCGAGGAAACCGGCAAAAACCUGGCAGCGGCGCUUGGUGACGGCCUUCGGAAAAUCGAUCAACUUCGAGACCAUGUCACAGGCAUAGAUAGCCUGGGGCUCGAGGAGCAGACAAAAAAAGUCCAGUCUCAUGAGCAGCAGUUCCAGAAAACACUCGCCCUCUUGGAGCAGUGUGAUCUGAAGGUCAGUCCAGUGUACUCUUAUUCUGGUUUACUGCUCAAGAUUCGCAUCAGCCGGGCACGGGCAUACCGUCUAUAAUGGAUAUAGAGUUUAAAGCUCCGCUAUCUGCCGAUAUUUCUAAGCACGCACACACUUCGCCAGAGACAACCAAUAUGUCUCCAGCUGUUCUGGCAUGACUGCGUGUGAGUGAGGGCCUUUUUCCCUUUGUUCACGGCUCUUCAUAGCACGUUUUUUUCAGUCGGGCCAUAAAAAAGUGACGGAAUAUCCACUGAGGUGCACUCUUUUAGAUGCGUUCUGCCAGGACAAACCAACAUACGAAGUCUAUCUGCAGAGAUGACUGUCAUCAGUUGUACAUAAAUUCGUAUUUGAAAUGUACCUCCUGGUUUCAUAGGCGUGUGGACAUGAUUGCAACAUUAGGUCAACUGUUGGUGUGAUGCUUACCUUCUA